CUUCCUUCUCUGGGACGCCUCAGCUUUCGUUGGUUUGGUUUCCCUCCAAAUUCUCCACCGCAUCAGACCGGACCAUCGCCGUCGGCGAGAUGGCGGCCGCGGCGGUGCGUCUGCGGGAGCUGACUCCGGCGCCGGGGGCGGAGCUCUCGGAGGCCAGCGCGGCCGCGCUCGCCGAGUGCUGCGCGCGCCUGCUCCGCGCCUCCGACGAUGGCGGGGACGCCGAGGCGGCGCGCUCGGCGCUCGACGCGCUGUGCUCCGCCAGGGGGGGCGCGAUGCGGCGCCACUCCGAGGAGCUCGCGCCGCUGGUCGUCGGGCGGCUCGGGGACGGCGACGCGGCCGUGCGGGAGGCGGCCAGGAAAUUCCUCGUGCAGCUCAUGGAGAUGAAGGAGAUGCAUGCAAGGAUGGGAAAUGGAGAGAAAACCCCAUGCAUAUCAGAUAUCCAAGACAAUCGAUGUAUGACAAUAGAAAUUGAACCUACGGAUACCAAUCAAGCAAAGAAAAGUCCUAAAGUGAAGAUUAUCACAAGAGACACCUCACUUCUUGCAGGAGAUGGAGAUUUCACAAGAAAAUUGCUGGGACCAAUAAAGGUAUUCUCUGAGAAGGACCUAGCAAGGGAAAUAGAAAAGGUAGCUUCUACUUUACAUCCAGAUAAUGAGUGGGCAAUCCGGAUAACUGCAAUGCAAAGAGUGGAAGGCUUAGUUCUUGGAGGUUCUGCGGACUAUUCAGCCUUUCCUAUGCUCCUAAAGCAGCUUGUGACCCCACUUAUAACUCAGAUUCUGGAUAGGAGAUCAAGUGUUGUAAAACAGGCAUGUCAUUUGCUAAAUUUCCUAUCAAAAGAACUGCUGCGUGACUUUGAACCAUGUGCUGAACUGCUUAUUCCGGUCCUUCUUAAGAAUGUUGUGAUCACCAUUCAUGUAAUUGCCGAGUCCUCGGAUAAUUGUAUAAAAGAGAUGCUGAGGAACUGCAAAGUAGCUCGUAUUCUACCAAAAAUUAUCGAAUUUGCAAAGAAUGACAGAAGUGCAGUUCUUCGUGCCAGGUGUUGUGAGUAUGCAAUAUUGAUGUUGGAGUUAUGGGUUGAUACUCCAGAAAUACAGAGAUCAGUUGACCUCUAUGAAGAAUUCAUAAAGUGCUGUAUAGAAGAUGCAACUAGUGAGGUCCGAUCAAGUGCUAGAGCAUGCUACAGAAUAUUUUCAAGGAUUUGGCCCGAACGCUCUCAUCAGUUGUUCUCAUCAUUUGAAUCAUCCAGGCAGAAAAUGAUUAAUGACGAAGAUGCUGAAACACAUCAGAGGCAUCUUUCUCCAGUAGAAAGAGUUAAAUUAAUGCAGCCUCAAUCUAGUUCUUGUAAUUCAACAGCACUGGACAAAGUUGUCAAGGUCGAUUCUGGGACGUCAUUUUCUUCCGCAGACCUUCAAUCAGUACAAGUUAAAGCAUCCCUUCAACAUGAUGAUACGACCACAAAAAUUCAAGCUGAAGGCAGAACUGAUGGCAAUUCAACUACUGGAAAUUCAUUUAAAGAUACCAGUACAUUAGAAAAGGAAACAAUCCCAGACAAAGAGCCUGAUCCUGAUAAAUGUGAUUCAGCCAAUAAUGCAGGUGUCAAUUUUUCAGCUUGUGAUCCAUCCUCUGCCACUCAAUUGGCACUAGAACCUAUUUCAGAACUGUCAUCGUCUGAUGCAACUGAUGUAACAAUUGUUCAAGACAAGGUUGAAUGCAGGCCAAAUACUGAACAGAUGUCUCAGCAAGCUCAAGUUUUGAUACAUCCUUCUGAUCUGCUGAACAUUUCACCUUCUGUUAAUUUGAAAGAAUCAGGAAACUCACUAAAACAAAACCUUAUUCAAGUAAAUUCUGAUGGCAGCUCAGGUGGAAAAACAGGAGUUCAGAAGGUGAAAAAUCGUGUUAGCACUCCUAAUAAGAGUGUUGUUUGUAAGGAGCCGCAGAAUAAUUACACCCCCAACUUCCGGCGCCCUCUCUUGAGUAAGCAGAUGACAAACUGGUUUUAUGCCAGUACCAGAGGUGAUUUAGAUGACAAGCAACUCAUUUUGGGUGAAAUGGUCGGCAAUAUGGAUGUUCCCUCCUCUCUCACAGAGGCACUUUCAUUGGGUCUUAACCCAAGGUCAGAUUGGAUGAUGAGGGUAUACGCAUUCAAUUUCUUAAGACAAUCUUUGCUCGAGCAGGGACCAAGAGGCAUUCAGGAAGUUGCACAAAAUUUUGACAAGGUUAUGAGGCUUGUUAGUCGUUACUUGGAUGACCCUCAUCAUAAAAUAGCACAGGCUGCUCUCUCAUCACUUUCAGAGAUCAUGCCAGUUUUUAAGAAGCCUUUUGAACAUUAUCUGGACAAGACUCUGCCUCAUGUUUUCUCCCAGCUGAAUCAUCCAAAGGAAUCCAUCAAACAGCAGUGCUCAGCAGUUUUGAAACUUGCAGGCGAAAUCUAUUCCAUUGAUUCUGUCUUACCAGCCCUACUUCGUGCUCUAGAAGAACAGAAAUCCCCCAAGUCAAAAUUGGCAAUUAUUGAGUUUGCAAACGCCUCUUUUGUAAAAUGCACAGUCAGUUCUGACAACUAUUCUAGCAGCUUCCUUAAGCCAUGGCUUGAAAAACUAGCUCUGUUGUUUAAGGAUAAAAACAGUAAGCUAAAAGAGGUUAGCGUUGCUGGUUUCUCAUCAAUCUAUUCUCAUUAUGAUCCUGCAUCUUUGUUAAGUUUUAUAGUUGGCUUGUCAAUGGAAGAACAAAAGCGAUUGAGACGGGCAAUAAAGCAGUUGAUCCCUACAAUGGAAAGCGACUUGGAAGAGUUCUUGCAACAAAAGAAACAUAAGCCAAAGAUCUCAUUAUUUGAUUCUUUUUCAAUUGGUGCAGAUCAACCUUAUUCUAAAGGUUUAGUCAUAAAGAAAAAUAAGCACCAUCAGCAUGCCACAUAUCAGUCUGAUUGUCUUAAGGCUGAUGAUGUGUUCAAUUCAGCACUCCACAGUCUCCCAAGAAUUUCUUUGGAAGUCCGUGAGCGCCGCACUGGGAAAAUUGAAUCUGGAUCUAGCGAUGAAUCUAAUGGUCAUGAUACUGAAAUGAUGGACAAGAGAUCUAGUGCUACAAGGUCGAGUGACCUCCCUAGAAUAUUUGACCACAGUGUAAUAUCAGAUAACACAGUUGAGAGCCCACGAAAAGAGGGUAUUGACAUCAAGAGGCUUGAGGAAUCAAAUGCGAGUGAACUGAGUAUAACUUUCAGAAAUAAGGAUGUCAUGUCAAAUAACUGUCAGGAUCAUAGACCAAGCAUUUCCAAGACAUACCAUCAGGAUACAAUUAGUCAAAUGGAAGAAGUUCCGGAGAUAAAUGGCCCCCCUGCAUCAAUCAAGUUCCCUUUUCAGAAUUUGCACCAGAUGUCCUCUUCUCUACUUGAGAUGCUUGAUGAUCCAGAGGAAUCCACCAGAGAGCUUGCACUUUCUCUAUUGGUCGAAAUUCUUGAAAAGCAAAGAAUUGCAAUGGAAAAUUGUAUUGAUACUCUUAUAGGUAAAUUGCUGCAUGCAACCAAAGAUGCUGCCUUGAAGGUUGUAAAUCAAGCCCAUAUAUGUUUGACAACGGUGGUUACUCAGUUUGAUCCCUUGACAUGCCUAAGAGCAAUUGCUCCUCAGUUGACUUGCCAGGAUGAAAAAAUUCUUAUUGUCAGCAUCAAUAGUUUGAGCAAGCUUGUUAUUCGAUUAUCACUGGACAAUCUCAUGGCACAUCUGUCGAUAUUUCUUCCUGCACUCCUGGAUGCCUUUGAAAACCAUAGUCCAUAUGUCCGCAAGGCUGUGGUGCUGUGCUUGGUGGAUACGUACCUGAAGCUCGGGCCGGCGUUCUUGCCGUAUUUGGAGCGGCUGGACAGCGCCCAGCUGCAGCUGGUAACCACGUACGCGAGCAGGCUGUCCCAGACGAGCUUUAUUGCUGUGGACGCUUGAUGCAGGCUGCAGGCUGCAGCAGUCAGCAGAAGGGCGCUGCAUUUGCUUGUUUCAACGCAACGGCAGCAUUCUCCACCGUUGGUUAGCCUUAGCCUUUUCUUUCUUUUAUGCAUGCCCAUGUGUGCACAAUAAUAAGGGCAGCAACAGCUCUCCCUCCAUUCUCCAAAUUUAUGAGUAUAGAGUAGACAUACUGUAAAUCAUUAUUACCUGUUUUUACUAUCCAGAAACAUGCAUCUAGGCAGUGAGUGUAGAUUGUACCACAUCAAUGGAGUAUAUGUAUAGUAGUACCAGCAUUUUCAUCCUGUUUGCUACAGGUGGUGUGAUCUAAAGG